ACAAUUCAGUGGAAUUGCAUCCAGGUGCAAUAUAAAUGUUCGAGAUGUAUAUGUAGUUAUAUUUUGACAAAUGCUUAGGUCGACACAGAUGCUAUUCACAUGAUAACAUACAGAAUCUAAGGACAAUGUUAAAAGACACAAACUGGGACCUGUUUACUGAACAAGCUCUUGACAACACAAUUAGUAACAUAACACAUUAUCUCAAUUUCUGUCUUGAUGUUUGUUGUCCUAAAGAGACAAUCUUCUUAAAGUUCGACCGUUUCGCCUCAUCUCAACUCAAAAAGCUUCGCCGUCAAAAAGAGAGGUUAUACAAAAUGAAAAAUAAAUCUGGUGUUAAGAGAAUAAACACUUUGAUUAAAGCCGAAUUACAAAGAUUAAAUGCUCUCUAUAACCAGAAGUUUCUUUCAUGUAAAUCCUCAUCUAAUAUGUGGAAGCUAUUAAAGGAAAUCACAGGUGGUAAGCAAAUAAUGAAUGAUACUUCUGUCGAUGUUGAUAUGCUUAAUAAAUCCUUCAUAUGUAUCCCUGCAGAUGUUAUGAUUCCCAAAUCUAAUAGUAUAAAUAAUGACUGCUUUUCAUGUUUUAACACGAAUGAUGUCCUCAAGUGUCUUCAAUCUCUCAAACCUACCCAGUCCCUUGGUCCUGAUGGAGUUCCUGCUGUUAUCCUUAAGAAGUGUGCUGACAUCUUAUGUUACCCAUUAACUGACAUUUUCAAUGAAUCUUUUUCCAAAGGUUUUAUUCCUGACUCAUGGAAAAAUAUCAAGGUUGUUCCAGUGCCCAAAUCAACAAGUGGACCUACUGUCAAGUUUAGACCCAUUGCUAUUACCUCACCUUUUUUAAAAGUUAUGGAAAGACUUAUUUUACUUAAUCUUGAACCCUCUUUAAAGCCUUUUAACGACCCCAACCAGUUUGCCUAUAAACAUAGUAGGUGUACCCUAGAUGCCGCUGUAGUUCUAUAUCAUAAUAUAGUCUCUAGUUUAGAUAGAGGAGCCAAAUAUGUUCGGUGUGCCUUCCUUGAUUACACAUCUGCAUUUGACUCUGUACCUAGGUCUCUCUUGUUAAGUAAGCUUGCUGCAACACAGAGUGAGAGCUGGAUAAAUAAGUGGUUGUAUUCCUACUUUUCUGAUAGGAAGCAGUACACUGUCUACAAUGGAAAGUCCUCCUCUACCUCACUUACUUUAGCUGGUGUUACUCAAGGUGCCGUUCUUUCUCCUUUUCUGUUUUCUUUUUUCUUACAUGACUUGCCCCAUUCUGAUGUAGCCACUUUUGUCAAGUAUGCUGAUGACCUCUCUGUCUCCAUGCCUGUCAACUCUCAGUCAGACUGUUCCAUAUUAAAUAACUUUCUCUCGGAAAUUAGUCAGUGGUCCUCUUCAAACGGUCUUAAGCUGAAUCCGUCUAAAUGUCAGGUAGUAAAUUUUACUUUCAGACGAAAACAUGACCUUCAACAACUAGCUAGCUCACAUGGUCCCACUAUCAUUGACGGCAUAGAGGUUGAAACUACAUCAGAUGUCAAGUACCUUGGACUGAGUAUUUCCUCCGAUCUUUCCUGGUCCUCUCACAUCUUGCUAGUGACUAGAAAGAUGUUUCGCUUAACGUUCUACCUUAGGAAGUUUAGGCAGUCUGGUAUAAAGCAGUCUUUACUUUCUCAGUUUGUCAAUUCCUGUAUUCUACCCAUCCCUCUUUACUGCUCCCCAUUAAUCUUUCCUGGACUACUUAAGAAAGACUUUGCUUCGCUGCGUAGGGCACUAAAAGCUGUUAGUAGGGCAAGUGGGAUAUCGUUAAACCAACUGGUUAACACCAUAGUGGAUAGACAUAUAAUGUCAUGUAAGAAACUAGCAAAUUCUAUAUUGUCAGACCCUGAGCAUCCUCUCUAUACACAGCUCUCUCCUUGCAUUUCAUCUGGUAGAACUAGAAGUAACUAUAGGAAGCUAUAUGCCAGGACUACCAAGUAUAAAAACUCCACAAUACCUUAUCUGGCACAGCUGUUAUGUGAUGAGAAAACUGUUAGGCAUGACAUGAUCAAUUUACUGCGGCACUCUAACAAAUAGUUCCCAUUAGCUUUUGUUCUCCUUUCUUUGUUACUAUUAUAUUGUUGCUCAUAUAUUCUAUUACAGACUAAUUUUAUAUAUCAUAUCCUGUGGUGCAUUGUUUAAAUAUGUGAAUGCAAUGCUGUUCUUUUU